AUGGAUAUUUUUGUCGAUGAAACAACGAAGAAUGCACGUUACGAGAAAGUUUGCUACCUUGGUGAGGGCCAGUUCGCGAAUGUGUUUCUAGCUCGAGACCUUAACCGUGGCGGACACUUGGUUGCCGUGAAAAAGGUGAAGGCCGGGCCAAGAUGGGUUCUCGAAGAUGGUAUGAAUCUGUCCGCUAUUCGCGAGGUGAAAGCUUUGAAGGAGUUAGAGCACCCAAAUAUCCUUACAGUGUUGGAUGUGUUCAGUCAGGAUCGCUGUAUCUGCAUGGUCUUUGAAUUCAUGGCAGCGGAUUUGGAGGCUCUGGUGCACGACUUCACAGUGGUCCUCGUCCCGUCCCACAUCAAAGCACUGAGCUUGCAAUUGUUGCGUGGUGUGGAAUAUUUACAUGCCUGUUGGAUUCUACAUCGUGAUUUGAAACCCAACAAUUUGUUCCUCAGUUCUCAAGGAAAGGUAAAGAUUGGUGACUUUGGUCUGGCACGCCAGUUCGUCUGCUCCCCCUUACGGCCGAUGACACACCAGGUCGCCACACGUUGGUAUCGAGCCCCGGAGCUGUUUUACGGUUGUACCCAGUACGGUGUAGCAGUCGAUCUGUGGGCCGUUGGUUGUAUCAUUGCGGAAUUCUUGUUGAGAGCUCCCUUAUUCCCUGGAGAUUGUGAUUUGACUCAACUGAGUAAAAUAUAUGAAAUCACAGGUACACCGGAUGAAGACACAUGGCCAGAAGUACGUCGCUUGACUAAUUAUGUUCAGUUUGAACACAGGCCCGGCGUACCAUUCUCUACGAUUUUCACCGCGGCUGGAUACGAUCUCAUCGAUCUCUUGACAACUCUGCUCAGUCUGAAUCCGGAUAAGCGUGGAACAGCAAGCUCAGCCCUCGCUUCGUCUUAUUUUUCGAAUAAACCAUACCCAACACCGGACGAUCGAUUGCCUCAACCGAAGGUUAGUCGAACCGUGGCCAGUUCACUUCAUCAGCAUGAACACCAACGGGAACUUUUGAACCCACUUGAUCCAGGUCUGGUGAGACCGUCUGCCUCGGUAAACUUGCAAGUUACUCCAAUAGCAUCAGCCAAAAUCGCUAAAUCCCGAAGAUAUGACGAACGAUUAGAGACAAGUGAUGUUCCCGCUGCCAAACGUUUGUGUUUUUGA